AGAAGGUAGCGCACAGGGGAGACUCAGAGCCUACCCCCUCAUUUGAAUACUGGAAGAAAAUAUAACAUUGUCGGACCUUUAGACAUAAGAAGACAACGAGGCGGAACAACCCAGGCGAUUAUAUUUUAGCCAGCACGGCGGGGAAACAAUGAAGGAUCGUACACAAGAACUACGAAGUGCUAAGGACAGCGAUGAUGAUGAAGAAGUUGUCCAGGUUGACCGGGAUCAUUUCAUGGAUGAGUUCUUUGAACAGGUGGAAGAGAUCCGAGUCUGUAUAGAUAAGCUGUCAGAAGAUGUGGAGCAGGUCAAGAAGCAGCAUAGCGCCAUCCUGGCAGCGCCCAACCCUGAUGAAAAGACCAAGCAGGAGUUGGAGGACCUCACAGCUGACAUCAAGAAGACAGCCAAUAAAGUUCGCUCAAAAUUAAAAGCAAUCGAACAGAGCAUUGAGCAGGAGGAGGGGCUGAACAGAUCAUCUGCAGACCUGCGAAUUCGUAAGACACAGCACUCGACGCUGUCACGCAAGUUUGUAGAGGUGAUGACCGAGUACAACACCACGCAGUCCAAAUACAGGGACCGCUGCAAGGACCGUAUCCAGAGACAGCUGGAGAUCACUGGGAGAACAACCACCAACGAGGAGCUGGAGGAUAUGCUGGAGAGUGGCAAGCUUGCCAUUUUCACCGAUGAUAUCAAGAUGGACUCUCAGAUAGACAAGCAGGCCCUGAAUGAGAUUGAGACCCGACACACCGAGAUCAUCAAGCUGGAGAACAGCAUCCGUGAGCUGCACGACAUGUUUGUAGACAUGGCCAUGCUGGUCGAGAGCCAGGGAGAGAUGAUUGACAGAAUUGAGUACAACGUGGAGCACUCCGUGGACUUUGUGGAGCGGGCGGUGUCUGACACCAAGAAGGCUGUCAAAUACCAGAGCCAGGCUCGCAAGAAGAAGCUCAUGAUCAUCGUCUGCUGUACUAUUCUGGGAGUUGUCUUGGCGUCCACUAUCGGCGGAUACCUGGGCUUUUAAUGAUGACGACGACAACGAUGAAGGACGGCCACAAGAGAAAAAAAACACACAGAGAGAAAAAUAUCAUAUACAAUAUCAGAUAAGGAAAACGUUCUAAAAGGGAUUGGGUGGGGUUG